AUGGGAGACGUGCAUAGUAGGAGAAGCCCUCCAUUGCCAUCGCCAACGGAAACCGUGUCGCCCGUCGCCGUGCCUCAAUCUCCCCACUUGCAGCCAGCCCGGUCGCUGCCGAGCUAUCAAAUUGCCGAUCAUGACCAUGCGAGCAAGUUAUCGAUGGAUAGUAUCGUGGAAAGUGGGGACGGCACAUUGAAAGCACCUCGCAUGCGGUUUUCACGGGGAGACUCGGCGGAUCAGCUACAUGGCCUGACACCGAUUACCGAAGACACACGACCGGAAAGUGAACGACAGGAAGAACAGGGACGGAGUUCGCAAACAUUAAAGGAACUGCGCCGGCAGAUGGAGGAGCUCUUGGUUUAUCAGCAAAUGCAGCAACACCAAGGUCAUACCUCGGCCCCGAAUCAAAUUGCUUCUGACCAUGCAAAUGAAACGCCGAAGAAACGUCGACUAUCUAGCGCCACCACAGAGAUCCCACCAACAAUUAUCCAGACAUCAUCGGGCUCGGUCGGAUCUGGAGGAACGAUCAAGGCGGGCGAUCACUAUGGCACAAUCUCUACGGACCAUACGGUUUCCCAAACUCCCUCCUAUCCGUUUCCAAGGGUCCAGAACCAGACUACGCAAUCCGAACUUGAACAAAUAGGCCGUCAGGGUCAAUUUCGGUUGAAGUUGCCUUCGGAGCGGCUUCGAUCAUCGACACCAGGAUCGCAAACUUCCGAGGACCAGCAGCCUGCUCCGAAGACCCAUAACGUACAGCCUGUAUUUCUUCCGCCCCAAAGCAGUCAACCCGCCGAUGAUUCAGAAUUCCCGACCCCCAGCUUAUACGACUUAUCUCUCAAAUUGAAUGCGGAUCCCGGACUGGAAGCUUGGUGGUCUAACCUGGUUGAAAUUCUACAAGCUCACUAUGGCGCAGAGCGCCUGUCACUGGCUGUUCCAGGUGAUCUGACUGACCUUGAGAAUGUCCCCUGGGGCCAGAAAGCAAUCUUCAACCAGAACGUGACAUCCAUGCCCGAGGAUGCGCAGGCAUCUACGGUUCCCGGCAGCACGUUAUCGGAAUCGACUAUGGACACUCGACCAUAUCAUGAUGAAAUCUCUCACGAUCAAGCUCCACCAUUGGCUCCCAAGUUGAAGAAUCCUAUAUCCACCCGCCCACCGUUAGAAUAUCGCCACUCGUUUGCUGGGUUUGGAUUCGGCAAAAGACCGACUCAAACUUCAGAAUUGGACCGCCAUCAGCAGACUCCAAAGGCUUCUGUCAAGUCGGAGAAAAAGCACGCUCGUAUCGCCGGAACGUCUAGCUUGGCGGAGACGACGGUGGCUUCAAGCAGCCAAAGACAACCGACUCAGCCUGAACUGAAUAAGCCCCCAAAUACAGCGGUCUCCCCAUUGCGACAAGCCGUAUUUCCGAUUCCGAGGCCACUGGAGGUGGAGUCGGAUCCUUUGGUCAAGAGGGCUGGGGUAGUCAAGCUAUUCGGACGGACCACCCCUGUUGUGCUUACCCGUGAGUACUCCACAGACGCAACUGACAACCAAGUGGGUGGGAACACUAUACCCCGGAGUCCGAACGAGACCGUUCAGAUGACCCCAAAUGCCGAUGGUCCCGAACAACACACGACUUCUGUUCAUGGGCAAAGUGCACCUCCGAUCAGCCUUGGCGCAGCUGGACUGCGACAGUAUGACGAAUAUGAGCAGGUUCCGCAGUCUCCCUGGUCGCAGUCCCCGGCUCCCUCACCGGCUCCUCGAACACACGCGGACCAAAACCCUUUCUUUACGUGUCACACGGUCGACGAAGGUGCGUUCUCGAAGAACCCGCCUCACCAUGACUACUCCAACUCGCAACCCUUGGAGGCCAUUGGGAUCGAUUAUUCGAAGACGGUUGUCCACAUACCUUUGAUACAUGGUGGCCAUGUGAAUCGAGGCUCUCACUCAACGUUGAGGUUUCCGGUCGCUAUCAUCUCCAUGCUCUCUACAAUUGUGCCAUACCCACCGAAUCUCCGCCGAUCCCUUGCGCACCUUAUGCCGCACCUCACAACAUCCUUUUGCCUUGCACAACAAUAUAGUCAGCUGGAGCGACAAUUGACAUCCAAAGUGGAUACUCCUCGGUAUGGACACCUUCUUGGACUCGGUGGCACAUUCUCGGACGCGAGCAGUGAAUUGGAGCUGGUGGCGGGUCUUAGUGGCCAUGUGAGCUACUCAGUUGGCGAUGACAACUCGAUGUCUGCGCAGGCUAGUAUUGCUAGCCCUAGUGAUCGAUCGUCGAACAAAUACAGUCCCACCAUAUCUAGUCUUGGAACGCCUGGGUUUGACCUUGGUCAGAUGGGGUUGAAUUCGGCAACUCAAUCUCCAGCCUUGAUCUCUCGUUCUGGAGAUACCACGGACAGUUAUUUCAAUGUCCAACAUACGAAGGUGGCUCGUGAUAACCUUCCAAACCAGCGAUCCCGUCUUUCAAAAUCAAAGUCAAGUCUGGCGUCCUCAACCCCGACCUCCCCGGGCAGGCUGACAGGCAAAGCUUGUGCGGUAGAAGAGGGCAACAAUGGUCAAGACCCAGCUUCAAUCGUCGCAUCCCCAUUGCAAGAUAUGCGACCGCCCACAGUCUUGUCUCCAACUCAGCAGUCGUCACGGCAAGGGUCAACGAAUUCCUUCUAUGCCCAAUUUCAACGCGAGAUACCCCGUCCUUUCUCGGACACAAUUGCGCAGUUGAUGCUUAAUUCCGUUCCUCUUCAUCUCUUUCUGGCGAAGCCUCAGAGCGGCGAAGUCAUCUGGACCAAUACCAAGUUUGAUGCUUAUCGGAGGAGUAAACCGCAGGAGCAGCGAUUGCGGGAUCCUUGGCAGAACAUCCACAGCAGUGAAAGAGAUCACGUGUCUAGCGAGUGGUCCAAUGCCCUACGUACGGGUUCUCAGUUCACUGAACGGGUUCGCGUACGACGGUUCAACGACGAGACUGCGUAUCGCUGGUUCAUAUUUCGAGCGAAUCCUUUGUUGUCGUCCACGGGUGAGGUUCUGUACUGGAUCGGCUCCUUCCUUGAUAUCCACGAACAGCACAUUGCUGAGUUGAAAGCGACUCAAGAGAGGGAAAAGUUUGCGACGGAUGCGAAGUACCGGGCAUUCUCCAAUUCAAUCCCACAAGUCGUUUUCGAAGCCACAGAGAACCGGGGAUUGAUCUUUGUCAACGAGCAGUGGAACUUGUACACAGGUCAAAGCCUCGAGGAGGCCCUGAAUCUCGGCUUCGCGAAGCAUGUUCAUCCCAAUGAUCUCGAGAAAUGUGGUGGGCUUGCCACGCAAACGAAGCAAGCGACCCCAGGCGAUGAAGCUACAUCAACGACAGAUGGCGGACAGGGACGGUCGCCUUCAGAAAGCCAUGGCGUUUCCUCUGCACUUGAUGAACUUGUGAGACGCGGCGUCGCUUCCCUGCAAAAGGAUGAGAAUGGACGUGUGUUCUACUCUACUGAGAUUCGCCUACGGUCUAGAGGCGGUGACUUCCGAUGGCAUCUCGUGCGCCUUGUCCGAGUCGAGACGGGCAGUUUCGGUAGCGAGGAAGCCUCAUGGUAUGGCACAUGCACUGACAUCAACGACCGGAAGAACCUCGAGCGGGAGCUCAAUAAGGCAAUGACUCAGCUCAAUAAUCAGAUGGAGUCCAAGACAAAGUUCUUCAGCAAUAUGUCUCACGAAAUUCGAACGCCUCUCAACGGUAUCCUCGGCACCAUUCCAUUCAUAUUGGACACGCAGCUUGACACCGAUCAACGACGAAUGCUUGAUACCAUUCAAAACAGCUCCACCAACCUCCGGGAAUUGGUUGACAAUAUUUUGGAUGUUUCGCGCGUUGAAGCUGGCAAGAUGUCGAUGGUCAAUUCCUGGUUCCACGUUCGGUCGAUGAUUGAGGAUGUGAUUGAUACUGUCGCCUCGCGAGCAAUCGACAAGGGCUUGGAGAUCAACUACUUGAUGGAGGCUGACGUCCCGUCCAUGGUGAUUGGCGAUCGCUUCCGGAUCCGUCAAGUUCUGAUCAACCUAGUGGGCAACGCCGUCAAAUUCACCGCACAUGGUGAGGUCUACAUCUGUUGCAAUCUCUUCCGUGAAACUUCGGGCAAACUCAACAACACCGAAGCGUUUUUGAAUUUCGACGUCGUGGAUACCGGUAAAGGGUUUAGCUCACAGGAUGCUGAGCGUCUCAUGCAACGAUUCAGUCAAUUAGGCGAAAAUGGCUCUCAGCAACAUGCUGGUAGCGGCUUGGGCUUGUUCCUGUCGAGGCAGCUUGUCGAGAUGCAUGGUGGCAAGCUCACACCGAGUAGCAAAGAAGGCCAAGGGGCCCAGUUUUCCUUCAAUGUCAAGGUUGAUGCUCCACCGCCUCCAUCGCCAUCCGAACGGCCUUCGCUAUUGCGUCAGGCCUCCACUGUCUCGAGACGACCGACAACUUCUAGGACAACAUCAUAUGAGCAGAGCAGUUCAUUGGCACCGAAUCCAGUUCUGAAUUUUGCGACUCUUUCACCCGGACUCGAGUCUCCGGAAUUCGAUCUUGGGCCAAAAAGCUUGUUCCCACACUCUGCGGUGUCAUCUGCUUUGCCAACGCCGGACAUUUCUACAGCACAGUUGCAGCCUGUUGGUGUGUCAAGUGUCCAGCCUCAAAUCGAUUCCAAUGAAGGAACACCAAGUGCGCCCGUUCGUCUGGUUCCGCCACCUCGUCAGGGCUCUUCGUCUCCAAGUAGACUUUCGAUUGGGUCGCCAUCUAUGUCUCCGCAGGGUCCUUUCUCCAUCAUCAUUCUAUGUCCCUUAGACAAUACUCGCAAAGCCACCAAGCAGCACAUUGAACAAGUCGUCCCAUAUGAGAUCCCAUUCACGAUCACGGCCUUACCGGACAUUGACGAAUGGAAGGACAUGAUGCAGCCUGGUUCUAGGACUCCCUGCACCCACUUGGUUCUCAACCUGCCCGCGACAGAUGACAUCUUGGAGGUGAUCCAGCACGUGUCUGAAUGUGAGCCGGACACUGCUCCUGUUGUUGUGAUUAUCUCGGACUUGUAUCAGAAACGCCAGAUCAGCACCCGCGUCAAAGAGUUGGCUGCAACGGGAAAGCAAGUCUUCAUCGUGCCGAAACCUGUCAAACCCUCCGCCUUCUCCACUAUCUUUGACCCAGAUAGCAAACGUGAACUGAGCAAAGACCGCAAUCAGGACAUGGCCCGAGAAAUCAAUAACAACUUCAAAACCGUGUCCAAGAUGGUCAAGGAGGUGCUCGGCAAUAAGGGCUACCGAAUUUUACUUGUGGAGGAUGACGAAACUAACCGUGGCGUCAUGCUAAAAUACUUGGACAAGAUCAAGCUCAUGUCCGAGACUGCUUCGAACGGGCAGGAGUGUACUGACAUGGUACUUUCCAAAGAACCGGGAUACUAUUCUCUCAUCAUUUGCGAUAUCCAAAUGCCUAUCAAGAAUGGUUACGAUACGUGUCGAGAGAUUCGUGCUUGGGAACAGAAGAAUCAUUAUCCUCAGAUUCCGAUCAUGGCUCUGUCGGCCAAUGCGAUGACAGAUCAGAUUGAGAAUGCUGCCCGUGCUGGUUUCAAUGACUAUGUCACGAAGCCCAUCAAGCAUAACGAACUGGGCAAGAUGAUGAUGGGCCUUCUGGACCCUAGCCGCCCUCUCCAGCUCCUUCGGGAUCGCCUUAGCGGAGGAGUUGAACCUUCUCCCUCGAUCCGUCGCUAA